AUGCGCGACCCAGACUUCCCCUUCGAGAAAUCGAGCACGACACUAUCACUGAUCAUCUACGGCCGCAUCAUCCACAGCACCUCCCGCACAAAAGUAACAAUCCUAUCCAACGCCUCCCUAGGCAUCAACAAGCACGGCAAAAUCGCAUUCCUCGAAACCACGUACCUUCCCCCAACCGAAGCCGCAAACCUCCACCCCGGCUUCGACAAUGCAUCCACAAUCCACCUCAAGCCGCUCCAAUUCGGCUGGACAGACCCGAUCGAGGCUUCCUACUCGGACACUUCCAAGGCCUCCCGCGUGUAUCCCGCCAUGGUGGCGAAGCUCCUAGCCAAUGGCUCGACGACCGUGGCGUACAACAGCAGCAUCCAUCCUGAUGCGACGAAUGUGCUCGCGGAGGUGUGCAAGGAGAAAGGCCAGCGAGCAAUCAUCGGCAAGCUCUGCAUCGAGACCGGGGCGACGCAUGGGAACAUGGAGAAAAGCGUCGAACAGUCCUUGCAGGAUGAGCGGAAGGCGAUCCAGCACAUCCUCCACAACGUCGAUCCCAACGGCGACCUCGUGCACCCCUGUAUCCAGCCUCGCGCAGGCAGCUACGCCAGCGAAUCCCUCCUGCACGGCCUAGGCGAACUCUGCCACACUUCCACCGACGAGGAGCACGGCCUCCGGAUCCAAGCGCACAUGUGCGAGACGCCGCUGGAAGUGGCGAAUAUGCAUCUCCUCCAUCCUGGGUAUCAGAGCUACGCCGACAUGUACAACCACCACGGGCUCUUCGGCCCGCGGACGAUUCUUGCGCACUGCAUCCAUCUGACGGAUCGCGAUGUGGAUCUCAUGGCGCAGCGCGGUGUCGGCGUGGCACAUAAUCCUAACAGCAACACAUGUCUACGAGAUGGCUGGUUUCGUGUGCGUCGACUGCUCGAUCGAGGCAUCAAGGUUGGCUUGGGGACAGACUGCAGCGCUGGGUACUCGAUUAGUGUCUUGGAUGCCAUGAGGCAGGCGAGUAAUGUCAGCCGGCAUCUGGCGAUCAGUACAGGCGACGAGAGAUGCGUGCUGAAGUUCGAGGAGCUCGUCUACCUCGCCACCAUGGGUGGAGCGGAGAUGUGCUCGUUGAGCGAUCGGAUUGGGAAUUUCGAGAAAGGUAAGGAGUUUGAUGCCCUGCUGGUGGAUGUGGGAUUGGACGACAAAAUCAAUGUGCAAGGGCGGGAGCACGAUGAGGACGCCAUGUUGAAGAAAUGGGUCUUUAUGGGAGACGAUAGGAGUAUUCGGAAAGUAUUUGUUGCUGGGAAGCUGGUCGCGGGAAAAGACAUGGACGACAUGGAGGAGUGGUCGAGGUGGGCGUGA